AUGCGUCCUUCCCUCCUGACCAUCUUCAGCACCGCAGUCCUCACGCUCGCGGCGGCGUCUCCCGCACCCUCUGGCGGCAAAGGUAUAUUCUCGCCGACCGUCUUCUCACCGACGAAAGCAGGAGCACUCCUUGCCAGCCUUCGAACGGCCGACAGCGGCUCCGACGACGACGACAACGACGACGACGCCUCGAAGGGGCGACUAAACCUCAGCCACCAGCCGGACAAAUACCCGCACGGCAUGUACGACUGCGAGACGUCGUGGGCGUCGCCGACGCUCAGCGAGAUCAAGGGCGCCGUAAAGAAAAUCCGGCAGUUCUGGACGUGCGAGCAGAGUAAUCCCGGCGGGUCGAAGUGUGAGCUCCUCUCUACGUUUAAUGGCGGAUCGAUCGCUAUCUGUGGGAAGCUGGGUCGCGCGAUUAGUUGUUGGGAUGUGGCUAGGGCCAUAGAACAGUUGAUGAAGUUUUGUAAGGAUGAGGAGAUGGGAAGAGCGGGCGGCACUUGGUAUUUCGAUGAUAGGUUGAAGACGAUUUUGUAUUAG